UUAAAUCUGAUAAAAAAGAGAAGGAGUCCCAUGUACUGAAGAACUUUAUCAAAGAGUUAACCACUGAUUCAUCUGAAGUUUUCAAAGACCUACCGUUAGAUGGGAAUGAAGAUGAUUUUUUAUAUCUGUACAACAGAAUUACUAAUGCUGAAGCUCACAGUGAAAUCACAAAUCAAGAAGUCAUACGUUGCUAUUACUCUCUUGGGAAG